AUGUUGAAAUCAUCGUCGUCUCUCUUGACGAAAUCGAUUCUGCUUCACCGAUGCAAAUCAAUGUCGGAGCUGAACAAAACACACGCCCUCCUGAUCAUACUCGGUCUCUCCGAGGAAGAACCUUUUGCUUCUCGAACUCUGGCUUUCUCUGCUCUGUCUUCCUCAGGCGACGUCGAAUACGCUUACAGAUUCUUGUCGAAUCUGGCCAAUCCUCCGAAUUUCGGCUGGAAUUACGUAAUAAGAGGCUUCUCCAAUAGCAGAACCCCCGAGAAAACGACCCGUGUCUAUAUCCAGAUGUUGAGGACCGGGUUUUCACCGGAUCAUAUGACUUAUCCGUUUCUAUUCAAAUCGAUCUCUCGUAUCUCGAACAGAAAAGUCGGUGGGUGUUUGCAUUCCUCCGUCGUGAAAACUGGGUUUGAGUGGGAUUUGUUCAUAUGCAAUUCUCUAAUUCAUAUGUAUGGUACGUUCAGAGACAGAGCUUCUGCGCGAAAGUUGUUCGAUGAAAUGCCUGUGAAGAAUUUGGUCACUUGGAACUCCAUUUUGGAUGGGUAUGCGAAGUGCGGGGAUGUUGUUUCGGCAAGACAGGUUUUUGAUGAAAUGACUGAGAGAGAUGUUGUGUCUUGGAGCUCUAUGGUCGAUGGGUAUGUAAAAAGCGGUGAAUAUGACGAAGCUUUAGAGAUUUUCGAUCAGAUGAUGCAAAUGGGUUCAUCAAAGGCAAAUGAAGUCACUAUGGUCAGUGUCUUGUGCGCUUGUGCUCACUUGGGUGCGCUUAAUCGAGGAAAGGCCGUACAUCGCUAUAUACUCGAUGAGCGUUUGCCCUUAACAGUUAUAUUGCAGACAUCUCUUAUCGAUAUGUAUGCUAAAUGUGGGUCGAUAGGAGACGCUUGGGGCGUGUUUUGUGGAGCAUCCGUUAAGGAAACGGAUGUAUUGAUGUGGAAUGCUAUGAUUGGAGGGCUUGCGAGUCACGGGUUCAUAAGAGAGUCGCUCCAAUUGUAUCACAAAAUGCAAGAAUACAAGAUUAAACCAGAUGAGAUAACAUUCUUGAGCUUGCUUGCUGCUUGUUCCCAUGGCGGAUUAGUGAAAGAAGCAUGGCAUUUGUUUGCGAGUCUCAAGGAAAGCGGUGUGGAACCAAAGAGUGAGCAUUAUGCUUGUAUGGUCGAUGUGCUUUCCCGGGCUGGUCUAGUUAAAGACGCAUAUGAUUUUAUAUCCCAAAUGCCGAUAAAAACGACAGGUUCAAUGUUGGGUGCUUUGCUUAACGGGUGUAUAAACCAUAGAAAGUUGGAACUUGCGGAAACAGUUGGAAAGAUGCUUAUAGAGUUGCAACCGCACAAUGAUGGUCGAUAUGUCGGUCUAGCAAAUGUUUAUGCGAUCAACAGGCAGUUUGGUGCAGCUCGGUCUAUGAGAAAAGCAAUGGAGAAAAAAGGUGUGAAGAAAGUCGCAGGGCACAGUAUAGUUGAUUUGAAUGGAAAAUCACAUAGAUUCAUAGCUCAUGACAAAACACAUUUUGAUUCCGAGCAGAUCUAUGGAGUGAUACAUCUGCUUGGAACUUGGAUGGAUCUCAUUGUUCACAAUGAUGAAAGUGAAGACUAUCAUUGUGACCGUUCUUGA